GCUCAGCAGAUCACAUUUAGCUCCGUUAGUUUAAAAAUUAGAGUGAAUCGACCUAUUAUGAAACUUGAUGGCAAGAACAUCAUCUGUGUUGAUAUGUUGGUUUUUUACGAUGCUUCGAUUUUUUAACAAGUUAUGCGUACAUAAUAUAGCGUAAAUUAAAAAUGCUCAUAACUCACCUAAAAACUGAAUAAUCGUAAAAAACCAACACACGAACACAGGUAAUGUUCUUACCAUCAAGUUUCAUAAUAGGUCGAUUCACUCUAAUUUUUAAACUUACGGAGCUAAACGUGAUCUGCUGAGCGUAAAUUUGCUAUGUUACGCACUUGUAGAACGGAGACAACAGAUAUCCGUGUGGCGUUCUCUUAACAAAUGAUAACACCAGACACCAAAUCGGAUUUUAUUUCAUUUUCCUCUGUGCUCCGUGUGGUUGCUCAGGUUGAAUUAUUGGUUCAUGAUAAAAUUCAAACUUCAUUUUUAGAUAUUUUUUAGUAUUAUUUUAUUAAAUAUUACAAACGUAAUGGUUCUAUUUACAUACUUACAUUGUGCAUAAGUAUUAUUGCAAUAUACCUAACAGUUAUAUAAUAUACAAAAUAUUUGUACAAAAUAAUACAAUAAUAUAUUCAUAUUUUUUUUAUAAUAUAUAAAAUUGGUAUCUAAAAUGGCGCCAUUUACACGGGUACAGGUUGAAAAAUGUGACAAGUGUUUGGUCUAUUAUCCUAGUAAAACUAUUCAUCAAUGUAUGCCUGUGGUUACUGCUAUUGAGGAUCCUAAAAAAUCUAGAAAAAUUUUACCGGCAGAGUCCACUGAAAAGAAAGUACUGCUAUUAUCAAGUGAUGAUGAUGUUGAAGAUAAUAAAGUAAAUGAUUUCAAUUCAACUUCGAGUUUAAUAAGUGCUAUUAAGGUUCGUCGUCCAUUAUUUGAUCAUAGAAUGUCGUUAUCCUUAAGGUCUGAAUUAGUUAAAAACAAACUAUGGGAUGAAGUAUAUACUGAACUACAAGGUGAGUUUACUAUUGAUGAAUUAAAAAAAAAAUGGAAAUAUCUAAAAGAGAAAUAUGUACGUGUAAGACAACAACAAUUAAAAAGUGGAAUAAAUAAAAGAGGUAGUAGAAUAAAGUGGUUGCAUUAUGCUCAACUGUCAUUCCUGGAAGAAGUUGUAACACAACAUCAUGAAAAAAAGACUACUAGUAUAUUAGAUUCAAAUUUAGACAACUAUUCUGAUGACUCUCCUCAAAGUUUAACUAUUUCUAAAGAGCAAAAAAGAAAAGAAAAAAAUGACCAUAACUUCCGAAGACACUUGCUAAGUGAGCAUAAAAUUCCAAGGCCUGCAGAACUAAAUGAGGAUCCACUUGAUCCUGAUGUCGCUUUUGGAAACUACUUAGUAGCAUUAAUGAAAGAUUUACCUAAAAAAAAGAGAAAAAAGUUCCAAUGUCAGUUUAUAGCAUAUGUUAUAUCUGCUCAGGAAUUAGAGUGAUACACUAUCAUUUCAAUUUUAUAACAUAAUAAUGGAUAAACUCAUAAACCUGUAAAUUAUUUUUAUUUACGAAUGUUCUUUUAAUUUUUAUAAAUGAGUAGUUAAGCAUUUUUUUGUUAUUUAUUAUUAACCCUCAGCAGCAAUAAGCAGCAUUGAGAUUUACAAAAACAUAUAUUUACGUUACAUAAGUUUACAUACUAUAGACUAUUAGUUUAGUAUACAUUGAUAAGUUUUAUAAUAUAAUAUUAUGUUCUGAGAGA